UUCCUCCUCCCCGUCGUCCGCGACAUCCACGCCAUGUUCAGAAAAUCCCUCCCCAGGGCCCUCCGCGCCACGCAGCGGUCCUUCAGCUCCUCAGCCCCGGCGCGCAGGGUCGUCGCGACCAACCCUGUCAAGGCCCAGGAGGUCCAGGGCUGGGGCAAGUACCCCCUCAUCGAGCACGAGUACGAUGCUAUCGUCGUGGGAGCGGGCGGCGCCGGUUUGCGUGCGGCAUUUGGUCUGGCGGAAGCUGGAUUCAACACGGCAUGCAUUACGAAGCUUUUCCCCACCCGUAGUCACACUGUCGCGGCCCAGGGUGGUAUCAACGCUGCGCUCGGUAACAUGACCGAGGACGACUGGCGGUGGCACAUGUACGACACGGUCAAGGGUUCCGACUGGCUUGGUGACCAGGACGCUAUUCACUACAUGUGUCGCGAGGCGCCCCGCACCGUUAUUGAGCUUGAGCACUUCGGUUUGCCCUUCUCAAGAACGAAGGAGGGCAAGAUCUACCAGCGUGCUUUCGGCGGUCAGUCGCUGAAGUACGGCAAGGGUGGCCAGGCCUACCGCUGCGCAGCGGCGGCGGAUCGUACCGGGCACGCUCUCCUCCACACGCUCUACGGCCAGUCCCUCCGGCACAACACCAACUUCUUCAUCGAGUACUUCGCACUCGAUCUCAUCAUGCAGGACGGCGAAUGCGUUGGUGUCAUCGCGCUGAACAUGGAGGAUGGCACCCUCCACCGCUUCCGUGCACACAAGACUGUCCUGGCCACCGGUGGUUACGGGCGAGCGUACUUCAGCUGCACGAGUGCGCACACUUGCUCGGGUGACGGUAACGCGAUGGUUGCGCGUGCUGGCCUGCCCUUGCAGGAUCUUGAGUUCGUGCAGUUCCACCCUACGGGUAUCUACGGUGCUGGCUGUCUCAUCACUGAGGGUUCGCGUGGUGAGGGAGGCUACCUGCUCAACUCGGAGGGUGAGCGGUUCAUGGAGCGUUACGCGCCAACGGCAAAGGAUCUUGCGUCCCGCGACGUCGUCUCGCGUUCCAUGACGAUUGAGAUCCGUGAGGGUCGUGGUGUCGGUCCCGAGAAGGACCACAUCUACCUCCAGCUCAGCCACUUGCCCGCUGAGAUCCUCCACGAGCGUCUUCCCGGUAUCUCAGAGACCGCGGCGAUCUUCUCUGGUGUCGAUGUCACCAAGGAGCCCAUCCCCGUCCUCCCUACCGUCCACUACAACAUGGGUGGUAUUCCUACGCGUUACACCGGUGAGGUUAUCACGCAGGACAAGGACGGCAAUGACAAGGUCGUCCCUGGUCUGUAUGCUGCCGGUGAGGCUGCUUGCGUGUCCGUCCACGGCGCCAACCGUCUCGGCGCGAACUCGCUCCUGGACAUCGUCGUCUUCGGCCGUGCUUGCGCAACCCACAUCAAGGAGACGCUCACCCCUGGCAAGCCUCACGCGAAGCUGCCUGAGGAUGUUGGUCUCCACAGCGUUGAGCACCUUGACAAGAUCAGGAAGGCGGACGGUCCCCUCCCCACCGCUAAGAUCCGGUUGGACAUGCAGAAGGCCAUGCAGGCCGAUGCCGCGGUCUUCCGUACCCAGCAGUCUUUGGACGAGGGUGUCGAGAAGAUCCGCCAGAUCUACAAGACCUACGAGCAGGUCGGCAUCAAGGACAGGAGCAUGAUCUGGAACUCUGACCUCGUCGAGACCCUCGAGCUCCGCAACCUCCUCCAGUGCGCCGUCCAGACCAUCACCGCUGCCGCCGCCCGCCAGGAGUCGCGUGGUGCGCACGCGCGUGAGGACUUCCCCGAUCGUGACGACGAGAAAUGGAUGAAGCACACGCUCACGUGGCAGCACGACAUCGAGUCGCCCGACGUCGAGAUCAAGUACCGCAAGGUCAUCCACGAGACGCUCGACGAGAACGAGUGCAAGUCCGUGCCGCCGUUCAAGCGUGUCUACUAAACACCGCGCCGCUCGUUUGCGCCUCUGGCUCAGGAGCAUCGUGGGAUCGUCGUGGCUACGCGUAGCUCCCCCUCUUGGCCUGUCUUCGAUAGUAGUAUCAGACACUUUUACCUGUUGUAAAGCCUUCCUCUCGAAUCGUAAUUGCCUAUUAGAAAGCCA